GAGCGAAUUGCUUGGCUAUAGCCGAGACAGCUGUUACUCAGCAAAAUUUCUGCUCUAAAUGCGCUGAGUCAUGUUAGCCUGGACUUGCCAAUGAAAUGUUGGCGGGUCGUAAUGUGUACCAUUGCCAUGAGUGACGAGGCUCUUCCUGGGUUUAUAUAGACGCGCCUGGUAGCUUCAACGCGCGAUCAGCGAAUAUUACUGCCGGGUGCAUAUUUUCAUGUACAGAAGCUACAAAGAGUCCACAAUGGCAUCGAAACUGAAGGUCGUUAUUUUCCUAGGAACCACUCGCGAAGGAAGACUCGGUCCUAGAGUUGCAAAAUUCGUGCAGGAUCAUCUCAAGUCCAAGUACGAUGUGACACUGUUUGAUGCGGAAGAGAUGAACCUACCCAUGCUGAAGAAGGCCCUGCACUUUUAUAGAGACCAGUCACAAGCCCCGAAAGUUCUUCUUGACUGUGACGCAAAAAUUCAAGCUGCAGAUGCUUUCAUUGUUCUAACAGCAGAAUACAACCACAGCAUACCCCCAGCUCUUAGCAACUUGCUGGACCACUUUGGGCCCCAGGGAUUCUCAUACAAGCCUUCUGGCAUCAUCAGCUAUUCACCAGGAAUCUAUGGUGGUAUGCGAGCUGCCAUGCAGUUGCGCUGUUUCCUGAGUGAACUGGGAACUCUCAGCGUCUCCAACAUUUUUGGCAUCCCAGAAGUGCACAAAGCCCUGGAUGAGAAUGGAAAGCCAUUGAAUGAGCACAUGGUAACAGGGCUUGAUCGCUUGAUGUCUCAGCUGGAUUGGCAUGCCCAUGCCAUGAAAAACCACCGCAGCAAAUUCGGAGUACCAAAAUAACCUUCAUAAAAUGAAAUAUAUUGUGAAGUAGUAUGGUUCGUAGUAAUUGUGUGGUAGUGUACAAUAACAUUAUUUCAAGAUCCCAUGAUCAUAACCUACAAAAGUGUAAAUCUCUGAAGACCAUAAAUUGUGAAAAACUCUAAAUUUGUUAUUUAGAAACACCAACUUCUUUUGUCUUGAGAUCUCACCUUCUAGCAUAGAUAUUUGCAGGUGCAAUACAACAUGAAAAGGCGGCUAUGGUGAAGACACUGUUAAACAGAACAUUGGGGCCAGCAUUUCUAUAUCAUCUAUGUGUAUUUUUAUCACUCAGGUUUGUUAACCUUAAGAAACAAUUUUUUUUUUUGUACUUGAAAAAUGACAAAAAUGUUAGUGUUUAAUCAAAGAUCUGUUAGCUGCCAGUUGAUCAAUGGGCUGCUUUAAAAUAUGUUUAAAAAAGUCUGUAAUUUCAUGAGAGAUUACCUGCAACUUAAAGCUUGCAGUUCAUGACCUGUGAUUUGAAUAAAUGUAGUAAUUAACAUCACAUAACUGCAGAAGAAAAUGGAAAGGUAAACUAAGUGGAGUUGAACAAAUUGUAAUUGCUCACCAUGACAUAUACAGUAUGGCAGUAUGCAGAAUUUGGUGGUGUUCAUAUUUGUGUCAGUGUUUUAUGUGCGUGUGUGGUUUACACUACAGCUGCUGUUACCUUUUUUCAUGCUUGUCAAGUAAACUUCAUUUAACUUGUGCAUGAACCACACCACAUUUCUACCCAUGAUGAUUGAAAUUUUAUGAACUUGUGAAAUUAUGGACUACUUUAAGCAUUUUGUCCUAGGAAACAAUUCAUUCUGUUUGUAAGUUUGUUUUAGUAUACAUACAUCAAUCAGUAAAGAUUUGAUUAUAAUCCAAGAAUAACUGGUGUAAAAUCAUGUGGUUUACAAUUCAUUUGUCAGAUCUACAUUUCCCUUUUUUCAGUCUUCAUACACUAUACUUUUAUGCCUGUUAAAACCUAAAGGAAGUGGCUAAAGGAACUAAUCAGCUAUUGGUAGCAGUGUUUUUACUGUCUUUCGCACUCAGGAAAUAUGUAAAUGUAAUAACUUUUUUAAAAACCUCUUGGUUUUUUUUUUUUACCCCAAGCGUAUAUAAACUUAAAUUUCUUCCUGUUUGCACAAACUUUUAAAAGUGCCAUUUUCACUAGUUAUGUGCAUUGUUAAAGUAGAUCUUCAGUGCAUAUUUUUCAAUUUAUAUUUUUUUGUUGGCAUGUCACAAAAAAUUAUGUUUAAAGUAAAGUUUACCAUUAUACCAAUAGGUCAUGUCUGAGUGUUUUGAAGAACCUUGUUAGAUGCUGCAUUCGUAACAUUUCUUCCCCUUUCCCAUCUUCAGUAGGAGUCCUGACCCGUUAUCUCGCCACCAUUUGGCCACAGAUGAGGGCUGCGUCAUAAUGAGGGUAGAUGAUUCAUAACGUAGUAAUAAUAAUGAACAUUU